AUGACCCGUGCUCAGCAGACCAUUAGCAUUGCGAUGCUCCUGACCUCGAUAUACCUCGCCCUGUUCCUCCAAGUCGUUCCCCUGCCUCCCAAGAUCCAGGAAGAGGUUAUCCCAUACCUUCCGUUCUGGGCUCUUGUCUCCUUUGGCGCCUAUCUUCUCUUCAGCCUUGGCUGGGGCGUCUUCACCUUUAACGACGUGCCCGAGGCGCACGCAGAACUCAUGCAGCAAAUAGCAGAGGCACGUAAAGACCUCAGCGCAAAGGGCGUGGAUGUUGGCGAGGAUUAG